CAUAUAUUUUUUACGUGAUCGCGUAGUCGUACAUAUUUUGCUUAUAAUACAUAUCUGUAAUGUUCUGAUAAAAAGUCUAAUAUCGAAUCUGCAAUGUUUUCCAAAAAAUUUAAUUUAAUAAUACUUACACCAAAUAAGUAUGAAAUGAAGGCUAUAGUUAGGUACGAGCAAUUUAUUUUAUGUGAGAACAUGUUACGCGUGACAAAGUUAAUAGGCAGUAGCACCCUGAUCACAGGAAAUUUAGUAUCUUGUGAGUGUGCUGCAACAAAUUCACUUUAUUCACAAAUCAUCCGCUGGAAGAGAAAACCGAUAUGGUUACCUACUGCAAAGAGCAAAAUGUUUAGGGUACCAGUAAAGCCUGUCAUUCCUAAAGAAGACAAUGAUGAGCUUCAGCGUCUAAGUAAUAUUUACAGGACAUAUAUGCGCUCCUUAAGGAAGUAUAUGAUCAUGAUUGGCAAAAAGAAUGAGAUACAAUUUGAUCAUUCAGUUGUUGAAGCAGCAGAAGCAGCAGAUUUCGAAAAAUGUUCAGCAAUAAAUAAUGAAUGGAAUGAGGAAAUUGCAGACAUAAGAAAAUAUCGGUUGCACAAGGAAAGAACCCAGCGUGAUGUAGGUAAUUGGUGGAGAAUGAAAAAUUAUAAAGAAAUGCUAGCUGAGAAUCAAGAAAAAGUUGAGGAAGAAGUUCGGUCUGUAAAGAAACAGGCAGAAAGUUUCAUCACUGCGGAGAAUAUUGAUCAAGCUAUCGAAGAGGCAUUAACAAUUGUAAUAGAUCACAACGCAGCUAUUGACCAUGAUGGUAAUUUUUACAAAGGAGAAUAUUCUGAUACCAAGAUUGAUAUCAAACAAGAAAGACAACUUAAACAGUGAUAUGGGAUUGUAAUUUAGUAGCAACAAGUUUAUACAAAAUAAUUUCCUUAAAAACAAUCAUGAGUACCCAGUGUGCAAAGGAAGUCAUAUUAGCCAACCCAACACAUUUUCAUUAAUGGAGUAUGUUUAUUGAAAAUGAUAAUGCAUAAUGCGAUGUGUUUGUAUUGUACAAUAACAAAAAAUAAAGAAACCUUUAUUCACAA